CGGGAGCUUUCGCUAUUGGCUCAGAGCUCUCCUGGUAACCAGCACAAAUUGUAUCAACACAUCGAGGACGCAUGAGUAUUUUUGAACAUUUCUGAAUAACGAGAAAGAAUGCAGUCAAAGAGAUGACAUGGACUGGGGAUCCAAAACGCACUUCCCUACAACCACGGAAAAAGAGGAGUGCCACGGGAGCCCAGGCAGAAAGCAUUCGACUGCAGAUAUUGAGGAGAGACAUGAUGAAUAUUUAAUCGCCCUUCAACAGAAAAACAGGAUCUUGAAACGGCUGAAGGUCAAAAGCACCAAAGAGAUUGAGCUGGAACGUCUGGAGCAGGGAUUCUCCAUCUAUGUAAAUGGGGCCAACUUUGAGACCAUCAGGAGGCCCCCGAGACCGGGGCAGAAGGUGCUGACCUCGCCCCCGCCUGCAGCGCGGGCCCCGCAUACUGCUGAUGCUUCUAGAAGGAUCGCUUUGCUAGCUGAAGACCAGGAAGAUCCGCAGAGGAGUCGGACUGCCCCAGGGAAAGUGCAGAGGAAAGAAUGGGUUCAGAGCUCAGUGCACAUUAAAGCGGAGAGCGGGCCCGUUCUGCGACUUCACCCGGAGCCCCUGUACUCUGAGGACUUUGAGCCCUAUGAGAGCGUGAACAUGGAGCCCGCCGCUCGGUCCCCGCACAGGGAGGCCCGCGCCGGCCCCAGGGCCCCCUGCGGCCCCCGUGAGCCGGAGCACAGCGAGCGAGUCCUCCUCAGCAUCGACGAGGUCAAGGUGCUGCGGAGGAGCCUGGAGGCGCGGGCGAGCGUGAGGCGCGGCGGCCGGGACUCCGCGGGAGAGGAGUCGGAGGAGGAGUGGGUGGAGGAGCAGAUGGAGAGGGAGGAGAGUGCUGAGAGCCUGGAGGAGCUGGGCCUGCCUGCCAGAGGCCCCGCCUUCAACCUGCAGCCCAGCGGCUCAGCGAGCCGCCGCCCUGACCCCGGGGAGCUCAUCGUGCUGGACUUCGGCCCCUCGCAAAAUGGUGCAAGGAAAGAGCGCACACUAUCAGCAAAGAGGAAAGAUAACAUGGAGGCUUACAUUCCCACCAAGCCAGUCAUAGUGAAAAACAAGACCCCUGACUGCCCGUCCUCCACACAAGCCAGAGAUACAAGGCCGUGGAGUUGUGUGGAGCGCCCCCUGUCUACAGCCCGGAAGGCUGCACAAGAGGAGCGGGACCCUGAGGACACUGCUGGCCAGGUCUUCCAGGCCCUGCAGACUGAGAACAGCUCCGUGCAGUCAGCGCACAGGGCCUCCCGACACAGGCUGAUCAGAGACUUUAAUAACGUCUCUGAGGCUUUUGGGGAAAGUGGGGUGACCAAGGCCAUGCAGAGAAUCACCCUCAUGGAGCCAAGCCAGCAGAAGAAACUUCUGAAGGCACUGGAAAAAAUUGAGGCUGACACUAAUGUGGAUUUCCCAGAGAUAUCAAAGACUGGCAGUGGAAAACCAGCAAGGGUGCGGGCGUCUGCAGAGGUGACGGCAGCUCUCUACGUCACCAUGGAAAUCCUGUCCAACUGGGGGAGCGGCAGCCAGGUCGGACUGACCGAGGUUCAGUUCUUCUGCCGGAGGAACCGGAAGCUCUACGUGUCCCCCCACGAUCUGGACAUCCGCAACGCCGACCAUCCGGGGAACCUGGGGGCGCUGGUCAAUGGGAAAGCCAAAACCACAAAAGAGCGGCACAUGUGGACCUGCCCGUUCCACCCACCCGUUCAGCUGUACUUCAUCAUCCGCAACCCGGAGCGCUCUCCCGACUUCGGCGUCUCCAGGAUCAAGAUCUGGAACUACAACCGGAGCCUCAAUGACCUGGAUGUGGGUGCCCGGCACGUGAGGCUCUACCUGAACAGCACCUUGGUGUUUGAGGGAGAGCUGGAGAGGGGCUGUGGGAACCAGGUGUUUGACUACAGCACCGCCAUCGACCUGCAAGCCCUGGCCCAGGAGCCCGUGUCCCCCAGCUCCUCGGGCCACAGCCUGGGCGCCAGCGAGGACCUGCUCUCCGACCAUGACAGCGGCAGCCAGGGGAGCAGCGGCAGCAGCAGCCACACACAGCCGGCGGACGAGGAGAUGAGCGAGGGGCUGGCCCCGCCGCGGGAGGACCUCUCUCUGCCGCCCUCGCUGGCCGGGAGGACCUCCCCGGACGGAGAGCCCCUGCUGGAGAAAUGGCCGGAUCACGUGGCGGGGCGGGCAGUCGUCUCCCAGCCCGUCUCCAAAACCCCGCCCUGGCUGCAGCCCCUGGGCGGCGGGGGUCAGGACAGCCCUGAGGGGGCGAGGGAGAGGCCCCCCUGGCUCUCCUCGGACCAGCCCCCGGACCCCAAGCCGUCGGCCGUUCCUGAGCUUGCCGGGGCCCCGGGCAGGUCCGGCAGGAGCUCCGUCCUGUGGGGAGAGAGGGCGCAGAACGGGGAGCCCAGCCGGCCCCCGACGCAGCUGGCCGCUGACUCACUGGAUCUGGGCGACCUGCUGGAGGACCUGCGUGUGAGAGGGGUCCGACCCGUCAGCAGCAGGAGGAGCGCCAGGAGAAGCGCUCAACACCCAGAACCCAGCAGAGACCGCACCGCUGACCCGCUCGGCUGUGAUGAGCCUGGCCCAGCCGGCAGCAGCAGGAGGCACUCCACCCCCCGGGCCCAGUGGCGCAGCGAGCAGGACGACACGCUGAUGGAGUCGUGGGACUCGCUCACCAAGUUCAACCAGUGCCAGCGCGGCCGCAUCUCCAACAUGGGCUUCGAGGGGGACAUCUUUGACGAGUUCCUGCAGCGGCAAGCGCGGCCCGAGACGGUGGCCGGGGCGGGGACUGGGGCGGGCGGCCAGUCCCUGCAAACGCCCCGCCGGGAGAACCUUCCGGAAGAGCCCGAGGAAGACCCCAUGAGCGAGACCGAGCGGGACGAGGAGUUUGAGAUCCCCGUCCUGCCCCAGGGUCAGCGGCUGGUGAUGAACAUCCUGUCCACCUGGGGCGACCGUCACUACGUGGGUCUGAACGGCGUGGAGAUCUUCAGCUCCAGCGGGGAGCCCGUGAUCCCCGCCCGCGUGCGCGCUGACCCGCCCGACAUCAACGUGCUGCCCGCCUACGGCAAGGACCCGCGCGUGGUGGCCAACCUGGUCGACGGCGUCAACCGCACGCAGGACGACAUGCACCUCUGGCUCGCCCCCUUCACCUCGGGCCGGGCCCACAUCAUCUUCAUCGACUUCCACAGCCCCUGCCAGGUGGCCAUGAUCCGCAUCUGGAACUACAACAAGUCGCGCAUCCACUCCUUCCGCGGGGUGAAGGAGGUAGAGAUGCUCCUGGACGGGAGGUGCAUAUUCAGGGGCGAGAUCGCCAAGGCCUCGGGCACCCUGUCUGGAGCCCUGGAGCAGUUUGGAGACACUAUCCUCUUCACCACGGACGAUGAGAUCCUGGAGGCCAUGUCGCGUUUUGACGAGACGUUUGAGGGCGAGGCGGAUAGCCCGGAGGCGCUGGGGAGUGAGGAGGAGCUGCAGCGGCCGCGCACCGCUGAUGGAGAGGGCGAGGAGCGACCCUUCACCCAGGCCGGCUUCAGGGACCGUGACCAGCACGUGAAAUUAUCUCCCAGCACAGGCGACCUGCCUGAAGUGGCUAUGGAGCAGGUUCCUGGGAUGUACACCGGAAAGUGCCUGAAGAUGAACCUGAGCAUGACCUGGGGCGACUCUCACUACCUGGGCCUGACUGGGCUGGAGGUGGUGGGGAAGGAUGGCCAGAGCCUGUCCCUGGACAUGAGCCUGGUGGAAGCCUCCCCCCGCGACCUCAACGAGCUCCCGGAGUACAGCCGGGACCUGCGGACCGUGGACAAGUUGUUUGACGGUCACAACAUCACCACAGAGGACGAGCACAUGUGGCUGAUUCCCUUCUCCUACGGCGGCGCACACAAGCUGACGGUGCGUUUUGAGAAGGCCCAGACGGUAGCAGGGCUGCGCAUCUGGAACUACAACAAGUCUCCCGAGGACACGUACAGAGGGGUGAAGGUGAUGCACGUAUCCAUGGACGACGUGGCCAUCUCUCCGCCUGAGGGCUUUCUUAUCCGGAAGGGUCCGGGGAACUGUCACUUUGACUUUGCCCAGGAGAUCCUGUUCAUCGACUACCUGCAGCCGGCUUACUGCAGGAGCACACAGGAGUCACAACAGUUACACAAGAGUGGCCCACAGAAAGUGGAGCGGGCCAGCAUGGACUACGAGGCUCCCCCCAUGCCCUGCGGAUUCAUCUUCCAGCUGCAGCUGCUCACUACCUGGGGAGACCCGUACUACAUCGGCCUGAACGGGCUGGAGUUCUACGACCAGCACGACGCCAAGAUCACCCUCAGCGACAACAAUAUUGCAGCAUUUCCAGAUAGCGUGAAUGUUCUGGAAACUGUGAAGGGAGACGUGCGGACUCCAGACAAGCUGGUGGAUGGGGUGAACGACACACAUGAUGGCAGACAUAUGUGGCUGGCCCCAGUACUGCCAGGGCUGGUGAAUCGGGUGUAUGUAAUAUUCGAUCAACCAGUGUCCGUGUCCAUGAUCAAACUGUGGAACUACUCCAAAACUCCACAAAGGGGAGUGAAGGAAUUUGGGCUCCUGGUGGAUGACCUGCUGGUGUACAACGGUAUCCUGGAUUCUGUGGGUCACCAGGCCAGAGGCAUUCUGCCCACCUGUGACCCGGUGGUGCCUUAUCACACCAUCCUCUUCACCAGCAAUGCCAAGAUCGCCCACCGGGAGAGAAACACGGUGAUCAGCCCUCAGCUCGGCAGGAAUCCGGAACACAACUAUGUGGAGGACCAGGACGUCAAGAUGACGAACGAGAAUCAAAUCGUUCACCACCACAGCAAGAAAAAGCAGGCCGCUGAUCCAGCCCUUCGGCCCAAGACCUGCAUGACGGACAGAAGGCAGCUGGGGAAGAGACCAUACUGAGGGAGUGGAGGUGCAGGUUCACCCCUGGGUCCCCUCUCCAUCUGCACUCCAAAGAUUUUGAAGCCUGUGCUUUAGCAGAGAGCACAGAUAAGCUUGUUGUGAACUGGUCGGUGAGUUUAUAGCUAGCAUAGGACUCAUCGCCCACCAUGGAUUCGGUUCAUCAUCACAAUCCAAUCAACAGCUAAGACUUACUUUUGCCCAUUACCGCUUCAGCUCACACAUUGGCUUUACAGGAGUAGUUCACUUUCUGGAGAUUUUCGAUACUGAUGAAGGAUAGGUUAGAUUUCAGGUUUCUGACAACCUGCCAGCUUACAAUGGCUUGUUCAGGCAUCGACAGGUUUCUGGUUUCAAGAAAGAAAAUAGGCAUGGGGGGCCGUGAGCUCUUAAAGUAAGAAAAUACACUUCACUUAACUAGUAGAUUGUACAGUAGCGUUAUGUUUCCAAGGCUGUACUUCUGAACGUAUACAUUUCAGUGUUUAUUCAUAAUUGCUUACAAACCUCAAAAUAUCAGGUUUGUAUUGUGCUGGUACUUCUUUGCUUGUGCGCAGUAUGCUGAAUGCCCUCUAACCACCGUUGUCGAGCCAGCAGGUCGUCGGUAAUUUAUCUAAAAUAUCCUUCAUUGUGCCGUCAUUGCACACGUACACUAAGAAAACACAUACCAACCUACAUAUUCCCAUACAUACUCAUGCAUAUUACAUAUUCAAAGCUUUAUGCUGUGGUUUCGUGAUGGACCCCCCUCUGUUCUUCAGUACACUGCUGCUGUCGCUGUUCCAUUUACAAGAGCGGUGUAAACUUCCAAACCUCUGAAUAAGAAAGUUCCAGAAGCUAUUUGCAUUAUACUUAAUGUGCAGAUAAGCCCUGACAAGGCCUGUAAGGGGAAUUGCCGACUUGCUGUCAGUCCAAAAAUCAGCAGAAUUCUUUUCUGUCAAACAUAGUGUCAUUAUAUUCAUCAGUUGUUUUAAGCUUUCUGCAAAGAACAGGUAAUAUAAAAAUUUGAGCAUUCAAAUUUCUAGUGCCUGUGCCACAGCAUUGUACCAGCCUACAAAGGGGUCGGAUCAGAAUGCUAGUUUAAGCGCUUGUUCUUGUUAUCGUUUGAGGCUGUACUUAUAUAUUUGUAGCUGUCUGUCUUUGUCGUCACAGAAACGCGCUCAAACUGAUCUGUUGAACAGCAGCUUUUGUUCAUCAGUCGAAUCCAUUCUUAAAGCUGUGUAGUUUAGGAAAGUUGUAUGGUAGCAGUUGUGGUGCUUUGAUGUCUGUACUUUAGGAGCUUUUUAGUGUGUUUGACAGCAAGUACCGUGACAGCAGUUUGAAACUUAAGUGACCUUAAAAGUCUGUUAUUUAUGAGGAAAUUUACACAAGGUUCCUGAAUAUGUACUCUUCUGUAUUUUUAUCUGAACACUAUCCUGCAGUCCAACCUAAAGUAUCACUGAGACAUUCUUCUGUUUGAUGGUAAAUGACUCUUUGUAAAUACAUAUUUAGCUGUUUUUGCCAUUACAAUAUCGCUUGUCUUGUACAAUCUCAUUAAUCAGAUAUCAAAAUGUGUUGUUUAUGUGUCAUUCGCAUUUUGAGGUCUUUUGACCUCCAACUCAUUGUGACUGAAGACAGUGUAGAAAUGUUGGGUCUUCAUCGGGAAAUUGGAAGUUUUUUAUCCUCACAACUGGGGCAAUACAUGGUCAAUGUAUUGUCAUUUCAUGGAGAUCAUCAAAUGACACAUUUAUAUCACAAACACCAGUACUAUUAAAUAUGCAAGCACAGAAAAUAUACCUCAAAUAGAAGCUAAAUGAAUCUUGAAAGUAGAAACCCUAAAAUAUAGAUUGUACCACAGAUAUUGCCAGAAAGCACACGUGGAAGUAAUGUUUAUAUUGCAUGUCCUCUACAAUGAUUUCAUCCCUUAAGUGUGAAAGGGUAACUAUUAAUAAUAAAGGGGACACUUUUACUUUGUGCAGAGGUUUAUAUUCAAUGGAAGAUACAAAUCUGCUGAUUUUACAACAUUACAACAUGCUCCAUGAUUUCCCUCGAAUAAAUGUCUGAAGAAUUGUUUGAAAUGCAGUUUUGUGCAUUUCAGUGUUACCGUGAAGUCCACAAGGAAGGAUUUCACAUUUCAUUUCUGUCAAGCUUCAGGAUUUUUGGAUAUUUUGUUGCAAUGACUGUAUAUGUAACAUUCCAUGUUAAAAUAUGUUGGAGUAUUUUUUUAAUCACUUACAGGUAUGUGUAUAUUUAGUGUAGCUUUACUGAAAUUAAUAAAAUAUGUUCCAGUAAACAGCCUA